ACGACGAGCGAUGCAAGCAAGAAACGCCGGUGAACACGACCUACUCGACUCCCAAAACCUACAGGUUCAUCACUACCACCAAGAUCAUUAAUUAUAUGUCUUAGCCAAAGCUUUCCCGCCCCUUCCAUUCAUUCCACCAUGUCCUUCGGCACGCAACCCGAGGCUCGUCGUCCCCCUGAGUCUGAGGAGGAGGACCCAGCAGAUAUCGAGUUACCCUUGAUCAGCGACUCGAUAUCUAGUAGUAUUGGGGAAGAUGAUGACUUGAUGACACGCCCCCAGGCCUGGAAUCUAUAUACCUCCCAUUUCCUCUCGACGUGGAACGUCCGGACGUAUGAGUUUGCAGCGAUCAUUUUCACGGCAGCGGCGUAUCCGGAUACGCUGGUUGCUACGUCUAUCCGUGGUAUCGUGCGGGCUCUGGCAUCAAUUCUCUUUUCAUCGAGUGUUGGACGAUGGGUUGACCACUCCCCUGAUCGGCUCAAAACUCUUCUCUGCACCAUUUCUAUCAACAGAACCGCCGUCAUCAGCGCCUCUGCUCUAUGGUACUUCAUUGUUGAGCCAAAAAACGACAGCCAUGCAAGAGCCCUGGCUGCUUCCGAGGGCUCUGCUGCUCUUCUGCGAGGUGCUAUCUUUACCUUGAUCCUAGCUCUGGGGAUCCUAGAAGGGCUCAGUGCUUCUGGCAAUAUGCUUUCGAUGGAGAGAGACUGGGUAGUGACUGCUGCGUCGCCUGUUGGCCAGCCAUACGAUUUAACACAUCUCAAUUCUUCCAUGCGACGGAUCGACCUAAUCUGCAAACUCAUCGCGCCAAUCCUGAUAUCCGUCAUUGUAUCAGCGACGAAUAUCAAGAUCGGAGUCUUGGUGGUCGGCUUCAUGAGCGCUGGGAGCUGGGCCGUGGAAUUCUGGUGUGCGAGAAGAGUGUGGCUUCGGAAUCCGAGAUUAAGGGCGCUGAAGGCCGUCGAUGUUUCUGCUUCUGCCUCUGCAGCCGCUCCUGAGCCCGGGGCCCGAAAUCUCCUAUCGCGAACCGCUCACGGGUUGCAGAGAUAUGCUGAUGAUUUUCGGAAAUACUUCACGUCGACGGUUUGGAUUCCUUCGCUGUCUCUCGCUUUCCUGCACAUCUCUGCUCUGACGUACAGCGCUACCUUCAUCACGUAUUUGCUGGCUGUGGGCUUCUCGCUAGAUCUGAUCACUGUUGCUAGAGCGGCUGGCAGCGUGGUCGAGAUCAGUAGCACGGUCGUCACGCCCGUUGGAGUCAGUUAUCUAGGGAAAGCGAAGAACCAUGGCCGUACGCACCACGAUCGAGCGAGGGAGAAUGAGGAGGAGGCCUCUACUGCACUAUUAGAGGAGUCUCCCGAGGAGGAGCUACAAGCCACUACCGAGACAGGCCUCGAGCGUCUUGGCCUCUGGGGGCUUUCUUUCCAGCUCAUAAAUCUUAUCCCCGUCGUCUUCGCGCUCUGGUCCCUCUCCCCCCCUCCAACUCCCCACCUCCUAUUAUCCCGUCUUCUCACACCCCUAACCACAUCCCGUCCGCUCCUCGCAUUCACGCUCUUCUUCUUCCUCUCCAUCUCUCGUCUCGGUCUCUGGGUCUUCGACCUCACCACGCAGCAGCUCACGCAAACCAUGACGUCGCCCUCGCACCGGUCCUCUUUCACCGGCGUCGAGUACUCCCUCGUCUCUGUCUUCGAGUUGAGCCUGCAUGUGAUCACCAUGGUUUUGCACCGUCCGGAUCAGUUUCGUUGGAUCGCGAUGGCGAGUUUGGGCGCCGUGGCGCUGAGUACCGUGGCGUAUGCGGCGUGGGUCGCGAAGAUGAGGGGCCAUCUUGUGCAUUGGGAGAGGAUUGGCAUAGGGAAGGGGGGCAUGUGUUAAUGAUUUGAGGGCGUGGCGAAGGGUGAGAUGAUACCAGAAUCAAAUAAGGAAUCUUUAUCUUAGGAAAGAACACACGCUAUAGAAGGUCACCUACGACUAUAGACUAUAGAGUCUCUAAAAGAAAAGUAAGAAGCUGAGAAAAUUGAUAGAUCGGUUCAAAGAUUCACUUUUGUUCGCUAAGAGAGCUGUUUACUCGCGAGGACUUGAGUUGGAUUUAAAAGAUCUAGGUAGUGACUGGGUUGUUUAGAGUGUGUAAAGAGUAAACAAGCAAGCAAGCAAUCACUU